CCGAUCGUCGGGCCAUUCAGGCGGCCGGACUAAACCGGGUCAUCUGCAAGUAGCGCCAAUCUUACGGGCCAACGCCUUCAACUGUCGACACUCCUGUUUAUCUGGGCUUGGACCGGGGGUAAAGCGCGCGCGAGUCUGCCUGGCUUGUGUCUUCAUGUGAUCUUCUAUCCUCGUUGACUGUCACCCUCAAAAUCCGCUGAAAUAUGGGAGGGAACGUUGUUCUCGAACCUCCCUAAGAUCAUCUGCCCGCGCUGACAGCACCCGCGCUGACCACCCUCUCAUGUGACAGCCCCCUUCGAGCGCCAUCCACAUCUCUGUCUUGGUAGAAACUCAGCUAGACUCGAGCGACGGGCAAACCUGGUCGUCGUAAUAGCCGGGGGCCGGUAGGCACCUGUCAUGUUUUUUCACGGUCGCCGCUCACAAGUGCGGUCCCGUGCUCGAGGGUGCUGACCUGCGACGCCUGCUUUCGGGUCCGGGGAGGGCAGCCGUGACCGAUGCGUCCUCGCGGGGAUCGAGCCAAGACAGAGCGCGCACAUGCUCCUCGAGGAGCAUAAAAGCUGGGCGUAACGGUGUUGGAAAAUUCGUGCCAGUACCAGCAGCCCCUCCAGCCAUGAAGUUCUCGCUCUCUGCUCUCCUCGGCCUCGCCUCCCUCGCGGUGGUGCUCGCAGCCCCAGUCAACGAGCCCCGCGCCACCUGCGCAGACGUGAUCGUCAUCUACGCGCGCGGGACGACGGAGACUGCACCGAUCGGCAGCGUUGUUGGUCCCGGGUUGAAGUCCGCGCUGCAGGGCCUGCUGGGGAGCAAGACCCUCGCGUUCAACGGCGUCACCUACGCCGCGAACAUUCCCGGAUUUUUGGAGGGCGGGGAUCCGCAGGGCUCGCAGAACAUGGCUAACGAUCUGACCAACGCGGCGAACUCAUGCCCGAACUCCGCUCUCGUCACGGCUGGGUACAGCCAAGGCGGCCAGCUGGUGCACAACUCGGCCAAACUCUUGUCGGCCAAGGUCCAGGCGCGCAUCAACGCCGCGGUCAUCUUCGGCGACCCCGACGACGGCUCGCCGGUGGCCGGCGUUAGCGCGUCCAAGACACUCGUCAUCUGCCAUACUGGUGACAACAUCUGUGCGCACGGGAUCAUCGUCUUGCCGCCCCAUCUGAACUAUGGCAUGGACACGCCCACCGCGGCCGCUUUCAUCGCCAGCAAGGUUUGAGCAUCGGCACGUGAUCUGGGUUCAACCUCGACGCUCACGUGUUCGCGGUUUGGCUUUCGGUGGGCGGAUGGUGGUUCUUGGUGAAUAAGAAAAAGAAUGUCAUGCAAAAGAAUUGGAUUUAUGAAAUGCAAACUGAAUUCGACGGGGUUCAA